AUGGCACUGGUUCUGUGCAACAGCGUGGCCCGGGCAGGCACACCAAAGGAUGUGGAAGUGGAAGACCUUCGCAAGGCAUACGAGUCCCUUCCAGCCACCAACGGCAGGAGCAACAACAAGACGUCCACCGCACCUGCGCCGCGUUUCUCCUACAAGUUGGAGGGAGAUACAUGCAUCCUGGACAUUCUGGACACGGCUGGUCAAGAAGAGUUCUCUGGACUGCGAGACCUUUACAUGCGCCAGAGCAACGCCUUUGUCAUCGUGUACGACAUUACGCGCCGUGAUACCUUCGCCGAGGCGCAGAUGCUGCCAACUUUUCUCCGACGCAUCAACGACAUCCAAGGCAGGCUUCCCAUGGUGCUUGUGGGCAACAAGGCCGACUUGGAGCACGAGCGUGCGGUGUCGACGAUGGAAGGGCAGCAGUUUGCAGACAGCCUCGGCUGCUUGUUCUUCGAGACAUCUGCUCGCACGCGUGUCAACGUGGAGCAAGUGUUCGUGGAGGCCGUCCUCUCACAGAUCGGCACCGUCUUGCGUGAUUGCAAGGUGAGCGUGCUCGGCAGCGGCGGUGUUGGCAAAUCCGCCUUAACGGUGCAGUUUGUGCAGGGUGUGUUUGUGGAGCAAUACGACCCGACAAUUGAAGACUCGUAUCGGAAGUUUGUUACCAUCCCCGGCCUGGGGGCGCGCAUUGCUGCAACCACCCAGAGCAAGAAGAAGAUGAAGAAGACGAAGACGAACACGAAGCACAAGACAAAGGGUCACACUGGCCAGCAGCAGCAGCAGCAGCAGCAGCAGCAGCAGCAACAACAACAAGGCAGUGCAGGUGGUGAUACGCAUACGCGCGCUGGUGGGUUUUGGUCGAAGAUGCGCUCGCUCUUCACUUCUCGCAGCCCACCACCAUCACCAUCCAAUGCGCUAGCAGCACCAGGGACUGUCACCACUGCAGCGUCACCGUCGUCGUCGUCAUCGUCGCAGAAGGAGCAGAAGGAGAAGAGCUCACAGCCGACCAUCAAGAUCCAUGGCGUCACCACUAACGGAAUUGUGGUGCAGUUUGGGGCGCUGGGCAAAGGGUUUGAGCCAUUUGACGUGUCGCCUGUCCACUGCAUGGGGUGCAACGCCGUCCUCACCAAGUCGAGCAUCAACUCCGCGCCACCAACAUCACCAACGCCAUCGAGCGCUGGACAGGACAAGAACGCGCACGCGUGGGCGUGUGCACUAUGCGGACAUGUGAACGCACACGUUGAUCUGAACACGGAGCACUUCCCAUAUCUCGACUGUGCUGACUUUGAGCUCACGCCGUCACCGCUCGCCACCGCCACCGACAACGACAAUGCACUGAAGCAGCAGCAGCAGCAGCAGCAGCAGGAGCUUGAUAACAUGCCCGUCGUGUUUUGCCUCGAUAUCAGUGGCUCCAUGGCCACCACGCUGCCCGUCCCAGACCUGCAGGCGGAGUGGGCCAACCUUCGUAGUGGCGGCGGCGGCGCUGCCUCUGGCACCAAGCACGUGUCGCGCCUCGACUGCCUCAAGACCGCCAUCAUCCGCCAGCUGGAACACCUCGCCGUAACGGCCCCAAACCGCCGUGUUGUGCUGGUGACGUUCUGCAGCUCCGUGUCCGUGUACGGCUCUCCAACAGCGGCCCCCGUCCCGCUCGACGCCAACAAGAGCGUGACGGAGGCCGUGUGGGAGGGAGCGCCACGUGCGGCGGUGACAGACGCGCCGUCCAUCUCCGCCUGUCUCGACGAGUGGCGCGCGCUCAUCAAAAGCCUCCAUCCUCGCGACUCCACGGCACUCGGACCCGCACUCGUCACGGGCACCGCGCUCGCAGCGUCGUUGGCAGACAAGUCGGAGCUGUUCCUGUGCACGGAUGGACUGCCGAACGUUGGCGUUGGCCGAAUGGACACGUACUCAGCAGACACCGCCUUCUACUCCACCAUCGGCGAGCGCGCGAAGGAGGGUGGUACUGUCAUCCGCAUCAUCGGAACAGAGGGCCAGGAGUCGCAGCUGGAGCACGUGUCCGCAUGUGCGAUUGCGUCAGGCGGGUCCGUUGUGACGCUCAACCCGCUUGAGCUUGCGCGCCAGAUUCGUGCGCUCUCGCAAGACGAACUGGUGGCGCGAAAUGUGCUCGUGGACAUUCGCAUGCCGGCGUGCUGCCGCCUUCGCAGUGACAUUGACGGUCUCAGCGGCGCCGCUGCCGCGACGACAAUGAAGGACACAACGGAGACGAAGAGCAAUACUGCGGGUGGUGGUGAUGAUGCAAUGAAGAAGGGCAGUACCGCGGGCAAGAACAGCUCGGCAUUGUCAUCGCCAGCGUCAUCCUCGCCUGGCAAAGUUGCGAGUGCGCCGCCGCUGUCGCCAUCGGCGUCACGACAUCACAAAAGGAGCCAGAAGCGCUCAGCAGCCACUCGAACCACAUCACUCAAACUGGAUGUGGGCAACGUGACGAACAACAGCGAUCUCGCGUUGUGUUUCGACGUGGACAAGGCGGCGGUGUUGCCGGGACAGCAGCUCAACGUGCAGGUCAUCGUGCACUUCACAGCAAAGGAUGGAUCAAGGCGCAUGCGCGUGUUGAGCGGCGAGAUGACGGCAGCUGGAAGUGACGACGACUCUCAAGUAGAUGCCGCCGCCCUCGCCGUCACAUGUGCACAGCGGUGCGGUCGCCUUGCUCUCGCCAAGCAGUUCCGGGAAGCAUAUGAGCUCUACCUUGCAUACAGGGCAAAGCUCCAGUCACUCACAGACAGCGAGAGCCAAGUGGAGGAGUUUUACUGCUUCACCCAGGAGACGCAAACGCUGCUCUAUGAGCUGUCACAGCUCGUGAACCAGAAGAAAGCAGCCACCCGCGUCCCAGACCGCAGCGUCAAGGUGUUCCAGGCGAUGCAGCGGUCACACCUCGUGCAGUUUAUGGGCGGUGCGCGCAAGAACGACGUGGUGAAGAGGAGGAAGGGGACGCAGGAGCUUGCAGACCAAUACUACUCGUACCGCUUCGAGUGA